AUGGUGGCCACCUCUGCUACCUCGCUUCAACCUAAUGGAAAUGGCAACAGUGUUGGAUUUGCUGGACUGAGUUGGGAACAUAACUCUGGCAUAAUGAAGGUUAAACCAAACACCCCCGCCGAGACCAAAAGGCAGAAGACACAUGAUAGGAAGGAGACAAGUAUUGAUCUUCCGGAGGACUUAGUGAUAAACAUAACGGCAAGACUGCCGCUGAAAAGUGUCGUUAGGUUCAAGUUGGUGUGUAGAGAAUGGAAAUUGCUUACGGAAUCUGCAUUUUUUCGCGGUCUCUACAGUAGCAACUUAAGUUCAACCUCUUCUUCUUACUGGUCUAUCUUUCACGGAGAUCACAAAUCCCGACAUUCUAGUUUGGAGGAGUUGAAAGUACUCGACGAGCCAUCAUGGCAUGGUGAUUCCUCUUUUGCAAGUUUUGUGACUCGAAACAUUAAGAACAAGAUCAAAGAGAUUAGGGUUGUGGCUUGCACUGAUGGAUUGGUUUUGCUGCGUCUCGAGGAUGAGGAGGACAUGAAGAUACGUUACUACAUUGGCAAUCCCGUACUACCACAAUGGAUUCAACUCCCUCCUCCUACUCCUGAUGUGCCACACCCAUACAAAUAUGGUUUCAGUGACACGGGACUUGUGACGCGAAUGCACAAUGGUGCUCUCUUAGAUUACAAGGUUGUUCGAUUAUACAGCGAAGCAGUUAAGUUCUGUUUUUUUUCUCCAACAUGGAGUUUUGAUAUCUUUUCAUCCACUACGGGGGAAUGGAGUGUUAAAAAGGUUUCUUGUCCUGGGAAGGGUGUUUCUAUGCGCAGCAUAUCCAAUCCCAUUUCUUUGGAUGGGAAACUUCACUGGCCUGACCAGUCCCGACGUAUUAUUGUCUAUGAUUUCUUCUCUCAUGAUGAUCACGUUCGAGCCUUAUGCCUACCCGCAAGGAUGCAAGGUACUCAGUGGGAUCCAUUUGAGACCACAUGCUAUAAAGUAUUUUGCCCCUCUCCAUGUGGUAAACUGAUAUGCACCACCUCGCAAGGAUAUUUUGUGCUUGUUGAUGUUGGAUUGAUAGAAGAAGAGGUCAAGAGCUAUAAUGUUAGGGUUUGGAGGCUCAAGUGUGAUUCAUGGAGCUGGGAAAAGGUAUGGGAAAUCAACAUGGCAUGUGUAGGGCUUGCUCCUAACUGUGUUCCAAUGGCAGUCAACUAUUUUGAUAUCGACAUCAUCUACCUAUGGGACUUAGACCGCAAAUGUUUCCUUGGUUAUAAUCUUCGGGAAAAUACAAUAUCUUAUAAAGCUCGUAGGGAUGGUGUGUACAAGGUGUUCACUUCUAUUUUUAGAAUGAAAGAAGAUGGUGUCUACUACGAUGAAGAUACUAUAUGUUUCGAGGGGUAUCCGUGCCUUAUGCAAUAUAUUCCGUCUUUGCAAGUUGUACCUACGUACAAAGGAAGUAGAAAGUAG